CUGGUGUCCUUUUAGUGUAGUGGCUUUAGUGACAAACACCACUACAGCUCGUGAGGAACCGAAGGCUGUGAGGAGGGCAGUGGUGGGACGAUGGAGAAGGCGAGAAGGGGCGGGGCGGAGCUGUAGCGGGCACAGACGACGGGCGACUUCGAAGGGCCGGCCGCAGUGGGAUGGCCGAGUUAUUAACAUGGAUUCAAGCAGCAGCGGUGAAGAAUGCAUGCCUGAAUUAGUAAAGCAGAAAAAGGCUAGUUGCAUCUUGAUUGAUUCAGACUCCGACAAUCCCAGUGAGGAAAAGAGUGCUAAGAUCUUUGAAAUAAGCAGUGGAGGUGACUCUUCUGACACUGAUCAUUCCAGAGGUCAGAAGCUUCCACUAAUUGUUAUUGAUGAUGAGGAUGAUAACCCCCAUUCAAAGGAUUCUGAGCAGAAAAGUGAUGAGCCCCAAAUGCCAGCGCUUGGAAAAGAAGUGGUUGAAUGUAUUGUUAAGGAGGAGCCUGAAUCUGAGGCUGCUAAGGGGGAGCCUGAGCCUGAGGCUGCUAAGGGGGAGCCCGAGCAUGAGGCUGCUAAGGGGGAGCCUGAAUCUGAGGCUGCUAAGGGGGAGCCCGAGCCUGAGGCUGCUAAGGGGGAGUCUGAAUCUGAGGCUGCUAAGGGGGAGCCCGAGCCUGAGGCUGCUAUGGGGGAGCCCGAGCCUGAGGCUGCUAUGGGGGAGCCCGAUCUGGUGAAUACUGGAAACUUCAAGGGGAUAAAGGAGUCUGGCUGA